CUCAGCGAACAGAACUUGUGGCUUCUUUUAAUCCGGAGUAAAUCUCCCAAAGAUCCGCGAUGCCGCAGACGCUCAAACUCGCCAGCCGGGCCUCUUUGCUCGCCAGGUACUUCCCCGAGAUGUGGCCGGAGUCGCUGCUCAAGUCCCAAGCCCGGGUGCUCAAGACCCACAAGACCCUGGAGGAGAUGCCGGGACCCAGCACGCUGGGCUUCUUCGCCGACCUCUUCUGCAAGAAGGGCCUCUCCAGGCUGCACGAGCUGCAGAUUGAAGGCAAAGCCAAGUACGGUCCAAUGUGGAAGGCCAGCUUUGGGCCCAUCCUUACUGUCCAUGUUGCAGAUCCAAACCUGAUCGAGCAGGUGCUGAGGCAGGAAGGCAAGCACCCCAUCCGCUCCGACCUUUCCUCCUGGAAAGAUUACAGGAUUUGCCGGGGCCAUGCCUAUGGACUGCUCACUGCGGAGGGUGAGGAAUGGCAGCAAAUCCGCAGCAUCCUGGGGAAGCACAUGUUGAAGCCCAAGGAGGUGGAGUCCUACACUGGCACGCUGAACGAGGUGGUGAGCGACCUGAUUUGCCGGCUGCAGCACCAGCGAAGUCUCCACAACCAACAUGUGGUCAAGAACGUGGCUGAUGAAUUCUACAAGUUUGGAUUAGAAGGCAUCUCAUCUGUCCUGUUUGAGUCCCGCAUUGGCUGCUUGGAACCCCAAGUCCCAAAGGAAACGGAGACCUUCAUUAGCUCCAUCAACACCAUGUUUGUCAUGACUCUGCUCACGAUGGCUAUGCCCAAGAUCCUGCACCAAGUCUUCCCCAAGCCCUGGCAGAAGUUCUGUGAAUCCUGGGAUUACAUGUUUGCAUUUGCGAAAGGCCACAUUGACAAACGGAUGGCUGAGGUUUCAGAAAAAAUCGCACGAGGGGAGAAAGUAGAAGGAAAAUAUCUGACUUACUACUUGGCCCAAGAGAAACUGUCUAUGAAAUCCAUCUAUGGAAAUGUGACUGAACUUCUGCUGGCUGGUGUGGACACGAUCUCAAGCACCUUGUCAUGGAGCCUGUAUGAGUUGUCCCGUCACCCUCAGAUCCAGUCUGCCCUCCACAAGGAAAUUUCAUCAGUCAUGAAGGACAACCUGAUCCCAACAGCAGCUGAUGUAGCACAAAUGCCCCUCCUGAAGGCGGUGGUCAAAGAGGCACUGAGAUUGUACCCAGUGAUACCUGGAAAUGCACGUGUCAUCUCAGACCGGGACAUCCAAGUGGGAGAUUACCUGAUCCCUAAAAAGACCCUGAUCACCCUCUGCCAUUAUGCUACCUCACGCGAUGAAAAGUAUUUCUCCAACCCUAACUCCUUCCAGCCCGAUCGGUGGCUGCACAAGGAUGGUGCACAUCACCCAUAUGCUUCCAUCCCCUUUGGCUUUGGGAAGCGCAGCUGCAUCGGCCGGCGUAUUGCAGAGCUGGAAGUCUAUCUUGCUCUGGCUAGGAUCCUGAUGCAUUUUGAAGUGAAGCCCGAACAAGAUGGCCAAAUAGUCAGACCCAUGACACGGACACUUCUGGUGCCCGAGAAGGAGAUUAACCUGCAGUUUCUGAGCCGAUAAGAAUGGCAUGAAGCGGAACGCAUUGAUUUGGACUUCUCAUCAAAGCACUGGCCUGAGUGGAAAAUGCCAAGUAGGCAGGAGUGAAGCAGAUGCUCGGCGUCCUUUGGAAUCUGCAUGAAAGAUCUCUGAUGGAGAGAAGAUGGCAGAGAGCCAUGCCUCAGGGCCUGGCCUACUCCAAGGGCAUCCUUCAGGGGAUACCUCUAGGAAAGGACAUUUUGACUGGUUGUCUUAACCAGGGUUGCAUCAACAUCCUAGUGCCCAUAUAAUAUGUGGUGCAUAAGGACUAGAAAAAUAAGCCAAACUUUUUUUUAAACCUUAUUGUUUCCAAAACAAAAGAAGUAGACUGGAAAGGGAAUGAGAAGUUGAUAUUGCUUGAUUCUUCUCAUGGACUGUGAAAUGCUUCCAUGACAAGUUCUUAAUGGAUAGAACUUCACCCAAACUGAAAAAGCAAUGCAUUUAUGUGUAUUGUGUUUGUUUAUGCAUGUAUGUAUAUAUGUGA